UCGAAGUGAAAUUACACUAAAUAUUAUUUCUCAAUUUUUACCUUAAUUGGUCAAUUAUAAGGUAUUUGACCCUAGGUUUCAAAUAGUCCUUUAUGUAUCAUAGACCAUAAGAGUUGAGUCUUUCGAAAUCUUAAUGCAAUCAAACGCCUUCGAGAUGUCACAAAAUAUAUAAAUUAGGCACCAUCUAUCGGUCAUCAAUUACGCUGUGUAUCACUUAGAAAUCGAGCUUAAUGUCCCUGAUUAAGAUGUCAAUGUUCUAUCAAGACAUUGACAGUUCAAUCAGAGACAGCUGAUCUUAAUCUGUCAUGUCUGUUUAUAUUACAAAUGUAUUACCCCAAAACCUAAACCCUAUUACUUUAUUACUAAAUACUAUAAUAAUCGAAUGCUUAAAUUCGAACCAAAUAGCUCUUAAUUUCAUUAAAACUGAUUUACAGAUCAACCACUUUGUCUCGAUCAUUAAAGUUGUAGCCAAGUGUUUUCAUUUAAAUUUUUACAGUUAGUCUUUGAACUUAAUGUAAGGAGGUUAAGUAAGAUACAAAGUACAAGUGGUCAGCAGUAGUAGUGUGUGAUUAAUAUCAGGAGAAGGCAGUUUGUUCCUCUUCCAAAAAUGGAUUUAAAAAUGCUGAAACAAUCCAGAACGGUGCAUUUAUGUUUCGCAAUGACCUUUUUCACCUCGGGGAUAGUUGUUAAUUUAAUCCAGGCGAUUUUUUACUUUGGUUUAAGGCCAUUUAAUAAGACUUUGUAUAGGAGAAUAAACUGGUACUUGUGUUACACAAUUUAUUCACAGCUAGUAUGUUUAGCAGAAUGGUGGGCAAAUGUGAAACUAAUACUGUACAUUGACAAGAAUGACUGGAAUAAGUAUUUUGGCAAAGAGCAUGGUUAUUGUAUCAUGAACCACUCAUACGAGAUUGACUGGCUUAUGGGGUGGAUGGCUUGUGAGAAAAUGACAGUUUUAGGGAACUGCAAAGCAUACGCAAAAAAAGUAAUCCAGUACAUUCCUGUGCUGGGCUGGGGUUGGAAAUUCGCCGAAUUCGUUUUCCUAGAGAGAUCUUAUGAGAAGGACAAGGAAGUCAUCAAUAAACAAAUUAAGGAGCUGGCGGACCAUCCAGACCCCAUGUGGCUGCUUCUCUUCCCAGAAGGAACAAGAUUCACCCCAAACAAACACGAAACAUCAUUAAAAUACGCCAGAGAAAAUAAUUUACCUGAACUGAAGCACCAUCUUUUACCAAGAACCAAGGGAUUCAUUGCGAGUUUACCUUCGAUGAGAGGUAAAAUUCCUGCUAUCUAUGACACUGUAGUGGUGUUCAAAGAGGACGAUCCGGUGGCCCCAACUAUCACUAAUUUGUUGUUUGGUAAAUCCGUUACCGCUCACAUGUAUAUUAAAAGAGUACCAUUGGAGGAAGUACCCCAUACGGAGCCGGAACAGGAAAAGUAUUUGCGACAAAUGUUUUUAAGGAAAGACAAAAUGAAGGAGAGCUUUCUCCAAACCGGAGAUUUCUUUAAAAACUCUGGAAUAGCAGCGGUCGAACCUUGGGUACCGGAACGAAGAAUCUGGCCCGCAUUAAACGUGAUCUUUUGGCUCGUGAGCAUUUUGGUGCCGAUGCUCUACUAUUUGAUCAAGUUGUUCUUUAGCGGCCAAAUAAUUUACUUCACUAUUGGCACGGGACUUAUUUUCACUUUUUACGUGCUGCUUCAAAGAACGAUCGCCAUGUCGGAAACCAAACAUGGAUCUUCGUACGGUACAAAAAUCGACUCGCAUUCGAAACCUGAAUAAUAUUUUAUAGUAGGUACAAACCGCUCUGAGCUUUUUUUUGUACAUAUUGUUUUUAAUAUUACUCGGAUAGGGAGGGAAGGCAAGGUUUCAAAAACCUUUUUAUUUGGGCACCAAUUAUUUGGCAUAUUCAGUUCAAUACUCGUUUUCUUUUAAUUAUCUCAGUCUAGUCUUCAGUACUUCAAAUUACAAUAAACUUUCAUUCAAAUUAAUUAUUAUGUCUAUAUAUAUCUAGCUUAAAACAAUAUUUCCAAAAUAAAAAUGCAUCUAAGUGUUAUCUGUUUAGUUAGGGAACAAAAUAUUGCCUUUUGUUGAUGUUAUAAAAAUUUUAUAUUUUUUAAUUUAGUUUAUACGGAGUGUCCGUAAUUCGAAGCCAUGGCGACCUCGGAAACAGUAAGAGACAAGUAUAUUAACGGGAUAAUCCUUUUUCGGCGUUUCGGGUCUCUGGAACCAUAAUCAAUUUUCUUUAGGAUCUUAGAAAGUUAUCUUGAUUUUUCUAUACCUAAUAACUAAAAGGGUAACUUCUAGAAGUAUUAGUUCUGAGAUUUGGCAUCAAAUUACUUAUUUAAAAAUUUUUGGAACACCCUGUACGUUAUUUAUUAUAUUCUUUGCCGAUUCAAUAAUACACCUAAUAAAAUAAAUUUAUUUAUUAUUUUAAGAUGA